AUGUCCCCCUUCCUUGGUUGCCGCCUUGUUGCCCUCGUGAACGCAGCGACGUCUUCGCGAAUAUAUAUUGCACCACCUGCUUCUCUGCGCUUUUAUUAUCGUUAUUUUUCAUUUGAAAGGGGAGGAGGAGGAGGGGAACCGGUGACGGUGCUGGUGGCCGGAAAGGAGGGAGGGGCAAAGAUGGAGGAUGCUGUGACCCUCUCGGCGACGCUUCGUCGUGCCUCUCCAUUGACUCGGCGUCGCGCGCUGGUGAUCCUUUUUGCGUUGCGCAGCUGUGCGCGAAAACAUGGCAUGGCUCUUUCGUUGCCCUCCAUUACCACUGCUCUCGAGUUCUCGAUGGCAGGGAAGCCGGUCCGCUUCUUGUUUGCCACGGGAGGUCGCGCCUCUGUUCUCCGUAGCCACGACAGAGGUGGCACGUGGCGGAUUGCAUACCGAGUCACGGGGACGAGCAAGGAGCCUGUGGAGGAAGUUCCCCCUGCCAAUGGGACGGCCACCAUGGAAGACCUGGUAAACCUAUUACCGUCCUCUGAAGCUGAGCAGAAACAGAAGGAAGAUUCAAGCCUCCAGUGUUCCGCAACGGCACUGGAGACGCAAAUAACACACGUCACAGCACUGAAAGAUAUGGUCGCUGUGUGUGGCAGCCGUGCAUUUCUGGCGGUUUCUGUGGAUAGGGGAAUGAACUUUGUUGCCGUGAAAGAGGGCGCCAUCUAUGCGUGCAUGACGAAGGAACCGGGCGCACCCAGCAGCGGGUCACUGCGGGUUGAAGGAGUGGCUUUUUUGUCAGAGCAGUUGCUUCUCUUUUCUUGCAAGAAUUUGUUGUUUUCAAUUGAUCUUAUACAGCACAACCAACAGCAUCGGUGUCAGCAGCCGCGGCUCGGUGCCGUUGCGCUCGGCGACGUCAGACUGAUUAAGAGGUUCGCGGCCCCCAUUGGAUGCCUGAAAACCUUUCCUCGGACUAUUCAAUCCAUGUGCGAGCUGUUUGUGUCCACAAGAGGGACUUUGCACUAUUCAUCCGAUGGGGGACGUUCUUUCCUCACGUUUCAGCAUAAGCUUGGUAUCAUCCGUGUUCUUGAACCACUGGAUAUGGUGCUUCGACGUGGUGAGGUUCCCCAGCUUCCAAAAGCAUUGGUAACUCCUAUGCUGUCCACAUCAACUGAAUGCGCGAAGGACCGCAAACCGGAAAAAUACGUUUACAGUGCUAUUUCCCAUUCCUUAGGUGAGGACGGCAAUGACCAUGGUGAGCCAGGAGCGGUUGAUUUGACUGGCUGGGCGGUAACAGUUGCCCUUCCCUACUGCACGGAAAACGUGCACUACCGGGUACUCUUGGUGGGCGGGAUUGGAACGUCGAUACUGCCGUACGACUACACAGCCCAGUUGUUUAUUGCAGCGGCAUUAAACAUUUCUCCCGAUUCUUCUAUCCGCCUUGGCUCCUUGGCGGAGAGUGUGGAAUACAUGCCGUAUGUACGUUCGGGAGCUGCGGAGCCUACCUCCAUUGCCCUGUGCCGACGCCCGGGAUCUAGCGGAUGCGUGGUCGCACGAAGCAAUGCCUCUGGUGUCAGUUUGUCGAGAGACAUGGGUAGGUCGUGGACGACCCCUACACAGGCGUAUACGGUGGCCGUUGUUGCCAUGGAUGGUGGGGAAUUCGUUUGCUGCAACCGGCGAAACGUGGUGAGCACCAUCCAUGGAAGCGGCACUGACGUUCACUCUGUGCCAACUGAGCUGCGCGUGCCUUAUUUGACCAAUGCUGCGGUAAUGCUGUGA